AUCAAUGCCUUGGAGGAAGCAGUCAGGAGAUUACAAACUCUUCUGACAACCAACGAGUGCCUGAGCAACCCGUGUCUCAAUGGCGGCACCUGUGUGGAUGUGUACAAUGGCUAUUUAUGCAGAUGUCCUCCAAACUGGCAGGGUCCACGCUGUACUGAGGAUGUCAAUGAAUGUUAUGACUAUGCAGGAACUGAUAUGGGCUGUCAGAAUGGAGCCACUUGCAUCAACUCUCCAGGAAGUUUCAGAUGUCAGUGUACAACAAACUGGUACGGAAUUCAUUGUAGCGAACAGCAUAAUGAUUGUACAGGGGCCUCUCACAUGGAGCUGUGUGGUCAUGGGACAUGUGUCAAUGAGGACAGGAUUGUUGCAGGACAGCCCAGGUAUCGAUGUAUCUGUGAAACAGGAUGGACAAAGUCCAGCUCUGGCCCAGCAUGUAUCGUAGAUGUUAACGAAUGUUGUUUCAACAUCCCUGGCUCAUUUGUCUGUGGCCACUGCCCACAUGGUAAUCAUCCUUGUUGUGUUUGUUUCACUGCUUCACCUGUUGUACCUGUAAGUACCAAUGUGUAUGUUGCUUCUUCCAUUGCUAGAUCAUCCCUUUGCUGGAACCCACAAGGUGCAAGAAAUAAAGGAAGACUUGAGAAACAUGAGGAUAAGAAGUAG